AUGCGUCUAACGUGUGCCCUGCUGGCCACUGGAAUCGCGCUCCUUGCAUGCAUAGACUGCAUCUUAGCAGCCACGGACGCCACCAAGAAUUCCCAGAAAGAGACACCACUCGUGGCUCACUAUUCAACUCCCGAUUACCCCAAGCGAAUCCUACGAGCCAACGCUCAGGCCUACAGCGUCGACGGAGAUUCAGAGGAGAGGAUGUUUUCUCCCAUGAUCAAUGGUGUACUCGGAAAGGUGGGAUCUGUUGUCGAGACCGGUGGGGCCAAGGUUAUUAAGGAGAUGCCCAAGCUGGAGAAGUACCAAAAGUGGUUAAAUGCUGGAUUGAAUCCAUCCCAGGUUCGAGUGGAUGUGCUGAAGAAAACGCCAUGGCAGGCACUGAGCUCUAUUCUGAGAGGCAAGGACUCCUACCAGUAUCUCAAGUUCAUUGUUGAUUACAAGAGACUCAAACUAGGGCAAAAUAUCCCAAAGCCGGCCGCCCAGAUGGAGAAACACGAGUUGUGGCUCUAUGCUGGAUUGACGCCGUCCCAUGUUCGAGUGGAUAUUAUGAAGAAAGCUCCUGAUAUGAAGUUGAAAGUUAUUGAGAAACACCCAGACUUUUACCAGUACGCCAAGUUCAUGGUCGAGUAUAAACGACUAAACCCCAAUGCCAAUAUUGCAUUUGUUACGUAA